GGGGGCAAGAUGCUUGUGCCACGCUGCGCUGUAAAUCCUUGUGAUAGAUUGGGUGACACAUGGACGAAUACUGGAAGACUUGCCCUUACAGCGAGUCUCAACGCAUUUGCUUCGACAAGGUGAAUCCCAAGAGGAUAGGGAAGGCGGCGUGGUACAGAUAUGAUAGAUACAAGAGUGCACAGACCAUUGGAGAAUACUUUGAGAUCUGCAAAGGCGCAAAUGAAGACAGGAAGGUUGUAAGAGUGGACCUUCAGUACGAUAUCAGCAAGAAUAUUUGUCGACUUCUGUCAGAUAAGCCAGUUGCACCACCAGCAGACGCUUCCCAGUCCACUGGAUUGAAAGGAUCGAGCCAAUCAAGUGCUCCAAUCCCUUCAGCCUCAAGUGAUGGACGCAAAGCUGGGACACAUGGAACAGGAAAGGCUGGAGCCAAAGAUCCAACACUGGAAGCUCCAGAAGUGGUCCCCCCAGCUUCGGUGCCUGUGCCGGUGGUAGAUGCUGAAGGAAGGAAGGAGACAGCAACAGCCAUGCCACCCAGUCAACAGUCAGUGAAUGGGUCAAACCCCAAAUCAGGAGAGGAGACUGUUGCGACUGGGGGUGCAGGCCUUCAACCAAAGGAGCAAGAGCCAAAAUCUGGCGGAGAUAAGGCGCCUCCUGAAUCCAAGAACAAAACUCCCGAGGUUCCUGAAACGACCCGGCUUGAGGAUCAAAGUCUCUUCUCCCUUCUGGGGUCGGACCAGCCAAAGAAGUUGGAACCCAAAAAGGCAGCUCGGAAGGACCUCAAGGAUCGGAAGGAACCAAAGGAAGCGAAGGAAACCAAGGAACCCAAGGAGCCCAAAGACGAAAAAGAAAAGAAGGAAAAGAAGGACAAGUCUGCGAGAAAGCCUUCCAAUACUCUGAAGCAUUUGCAGCCAAAGCGGGAACGACAGGAACGACACAACCGACAAACAGAAAAUCCCAAGGCUGGGAAAGUUCUGCAUGUUCGUGAGUUCGUUCGUGAUUUGGUGGUGGACUACAUAGAGGGGCAACCCGAUCCACCGGAAAAGUCCGCGUCAACAGAUGGGAAGCAGGUGGUUCGAUUGAGAGAUAAAGACUCCAAGGAACCAAUGGCACCGCCCAACAGAAAUGGCUUUAUUUGGGUGGCUGAUGCAGGAAAUUCUGGAUACACCCACGAUGCCAAGUUUGCGCAGCCUCUUCCAUCAGCUGUCAAAGGUGCUCGAUGCGAUGUUUGUGGAAAAUCCUGCGUUUCGGAGCGUUUGUAUCGAGUGCGAUGCUACUCCCGCAGACUGCUUGGGGCAGUUUCCGAGUUGAAAGAUCCGCGGGUCAUGAGACGAGAAACCUAUCUUGCAGGAUCCAAGUGCUUGGAGGCUUUGUUGGGACAGCCGUUCGUGCAACCCCGCUUCGUCAGACAGUUUCGGGAACGGCUUCUCAUUGCUUUGGAGGCUCAAGGCUUUGAUGAUCACCAAUGGGUGGAGCCACUUUGGCGUCUCAACGAUGCACAUGGUAAGACCUUCACGGACUUUUUGUCAGCUGAACUGGCAAGGGUAAUCCGUGCCCGUGGGGCGGAUGAAGAGACAGAGAAGGAGCACAACCAGAAGAAGCUACAUGAGAUUGACAGCUUCGAGGACCGUGAGCAUUACCGCCAGCUGCGCUUGAACCGGGAAGUGGUCACCCGAUGUAAGCAGCUGCGGCAGAGGCUCUCGCUGUCUCUGAUGGUGAACAGCCAGAGCGCCAAGGAGGAGUACAAAAAGGCAUCAGGAAAUGCGGCCGUGCCUGACGUGCUGGAGGAUUUACUUCUCAUUGCGACCGAAAGUGCAGUGACCUUGUCCAGCUUGGGAUUGCGCCCCACUGCGCCGGGGCCAAAGACCACGGACUUUGGGGCAGCAUCGCCUGUGGAAGGCCCACCUGCCAAGAAGGCAAAGACCCAGGAAGCCAUCGACCUGCCGUCAGAAUCUGUCCAAAGCUGGAGCACGACAACCAUGACGCCCGCAUUCCCACUCUCCCAACCACUCUCUCAACCGCUCUCCCAACCGCUGUCCAGCGCACAAAGUGCCACAGCACAUGCCACAAAACCACAAGGACAGCAGCAGCUUUGGGAUGGCAUGGAUCACUUUCAGACCACCUCCUACGACUUUUUCGGCUUUCGACGUCGCCUUUUGAACUGCACCUACUUUUCUGAUCAGGCUACAUGUAUCAACGGCAGGCGAAGCUUCUGGGAUGAAUCCAACUCGGUUUUCAUGUACUGGCAGAGCAGCUCUGGACGCUGGGCUAUUUGUCAGCGCUGGCAACAUGGCCAGGACUUGCUGAAGGAGGUGCAAACGGGUCGAGAUCUUGGCUGGGCUUAUUUCCGAAGUCCUGGCUUGUGGUCAGAGUAUUCGGAAGGUGCUUGGCACAAGAUCCCUGUCAGCACCAUCAUUAGUCAGGCUGACCGGCCAUCGUUGAUGGACCAGCUGGCUACGGGCCCUGCGGGCCCUGCGGGCCCUGCGGGCCCAGAACUCUCGCAGGCACGAGAAAUCACCACGUUGCGUUUGUCUUUGCCGGAUCCUUUGUACAAAAAUGCUUUCCGUGGCUACGGGGCCAACCACGACGAGAUUGAGACGAUUGGCGUGGACACGCCACCGCUGAUCAUGGCUAUGCCGGUGGAGCCCUGUGCUGACAAUGAAUUCUUGGACAUUUGCACGCCUACACCUUGA